UUGAGAGAGAGGUGAAGAAGAGUUUACUUUACGGAGUUCAAGGUUUGGUUUCGGUGUACGUCUGGAGUAGAGGGUUUUGCCGAGGCAGAAAGCCCCUUUUCACAGAGCCAAGAUGCUGAACAUGUGGAAGGUUAGGGAGCUGGUUGACAAAGCAACCAACGUGGUGAUGAACUACUCUGAAGUGGAGUCGAAAGUCAGAGAGGCCACCAAUGAUGACCCCUGGGGACCAUCAGGACAGCUGAUGAGUGAAAUCUCAAGAGCCACCUUCAUGUAUGAGCAGUUUCCAGAGGUGAUGAACAUGCUGUGGGGCCGUAUGUUGAGAGACAACAAGAAGAACUGGAGGAGAGUCUAUAAGUCUCUACUACUGCUGGCUCAUCUAAUCAGGAAUGGAUCAGAGAGAGUUGUUACCAGUGCCAGAGAACAUCUGUAUGACCUGAGAUCAUUAGAAAGCUACCACUUUGUAGAUGAGAAUGGGAAGGACCAGGGUGUGAAUGUGCGUCACAAGGUGAAGGAGAUGGUGGAGUUUGUCCAGGACGAUGACAGGCUUAGGGAGGAACGGAAAAAGGCAAAGAAGAUCAAAGACAAAUACAUCGGGGUGUCCUCUGACAGUAUGGGAUACCGAAGUUACUCGGGGGACAGGUAUGACUCCAGUGACAGCCGGGGAAAGUGGGACGAUGAGUGGGACGCAAAUAAAGGGCAGUUCCCCUUCAGCGAGAAGUUGGGAGAGAUCAGCGACAAAAUCGGAAGCACCAUUGACGAUACCAUCAGCAGAUUUAGGAAGAAGGAGAGAGACGACUCACCAGAUCGAUUUAGUGACAAUGAGGAGGACCGGGGCCGCUCGUCUCACAAUGGCCAGUCUGGAAAAGAGUUUAAAGAUGAAGAGGAGACUGUUACCACCAAGAGUGUACAAAUAGUCCAAGCAACAGAGACAACAGCAACACGCAAGAGAGGAGGGGUCCCAUCCAGGAAAGUAGACUUGGGGGCUGCAGCCCACUACACAGGAGACAGAAGCCCAAACACCACUACCAAACAGCCCCAACCAGCAGCAGCCCCUCAACCCUCCAGUACCGGCUUAGCUGAUCUACUAAUGGUGGACACAACACCGAGCCAACCCGCUGCCACAGACCUGAUCAGUGGAUUUGCUGACUUCUCCUCGCCUGCUGCCUCAGUCGGCCUCUCCUCAGCAUCCGCAGCACCAGCCUCCAACAGUAAUGGAGACUUUGGAGAGUGGAAUGCCUUCCCUGGAGGUCAGAUGCCAGUAUCUGCUCAGACCGGCGACACCAGUAGAAAUGACCUUUUUGGAACCAUGUCAGCAGGCCCUGCCGCUGCCGCCCCCCCAGCACCCGCCCCAGUCUCGGCUCCAGGCUCAGUUCCUGUGUCAGCAGACCUGUUUGACUUGAUGGGGCCAACUCAGUCCCUCACCUCAUCCCAGAGUCUCAACUUUAGCAUGAGCAGCACACAGACCUUGAGCAGCACAGUCCUGCCCCAGUCUAGGUCACAGCCCCUCCAGAACAUGGGAAGUCCGCUACAUUCGCAGUCUAUGCAGCCCCUCCAGCCCCUCCAGCCAGCGCAACAGGGAGUGGCCUCUCAGGGUGCCGGAGCCAAAGCGUCCCUCCCAUCCACCUGGUCAGACCACUCUGUUAACAUCAGCCUGGACUUCCUGGGUCCAGGCAUGCAGCCCCCCAAGCCUAGCCAGCCCAGCCUCAACACCCUCCAACAAGGUAACCAGACCAACAUACUUUCCCAAGGAGUUUCCGCCAUGAGCCUUGGACCUACAGCAGUCAGACCACCCAUAAAUCCUAUGAUGCAUCCUGGUGCUGGAAUGGGAAUGGGGAUGGGGAUGGCCCCCAACCAGGGCAUGAUGGGGAUGGGCAUGAACAUGGGGAUGCCACAGGGAGGUAUGACCAUGGGGAUGCCUGGUGCUAUGGGCAUGGGCAUGGGAAUGGGGAUGAACCCUGCAAUGGUCCAACAGCCCAAACACGAUGCCUUUGCUGAUUUCGGCAACUUCGGAAAGUGAUGGACCUGGAGGUCAAAGAUUAUCAGGAGGAGUGGUGUCAGUCUCUCUCUCUCUCUCUCUCUCUCUCCGUCCAUUGGUGAAGGAUUGUUAUGAGCUGCAAACAAAGAGUACUUGAAUAAUGUCAACUAUCAUAAUACCAACACCCUGCAAUCUCCUUACUUUUGAAAGUAAUACCGUGUAGUGAUACAGAUCUAAAUGAAUGUGUGUGUGUGUGUGUGUGUUGUUUGAACCAAUGAUCUGCCUGGUCUGGGGUGGUGGUCAGACAUACACACUGAUAGUGUGCCUUGUUGGUUAGGUAUGAGUCAGUGAGAAGAGGAAGUGUGUGCCAUUGUGAGAAUGUCAGGGGGAUUUGCUUUAUAACCUCAAUCAAGUGAAAUCAUCAGAAUAGCAAAAACGUAUAUCAGUAGCUGCAUAUUUUUUUGAGAUGCACUCUCAGUAACUUUACUGAAUGAUGAGUUUGGAUAACAUGAUCAGCCAUUUUAACUUUCUAAUGUACAUUUAAGAAUGUCAAGUUACCUCUUUUUUUGUCCUUGCUCUUCCUUUGACCUGUAAAUAGAAAUCUGGAGCCCUUACAAAUAAGUUAUGAAGUUCCUAUAGAGGAGGCAGUGACAAUGUGAAUAGUUGUAUCACACAGACCAAAUCUGAUAUGACUUAAGACCUAUUACAAAGCACACUGACACCUUCUCUUUGUAUAUAAGUGUGCACACUCCAGAUGUGGCCUGUCAGCGAUACAGUUAAAGUAAUGAAUGAGUGUUUGGAGUGAAAGCUAUUGAUCAAUUUUAGGAGUUUCUCCUUCAACAGACCAUCAUUUGUGGCCUUUUUUAUAGGUAUAUAUAUCUAUAGAUUUUACUUAAUAUUAUAAUCAGUUUGCAUCCAAAUGAGAUAAUCAGUGGGUAGAAAGAGCCUCAUACAGGGGUUGUGGGUUCUUUAUUACAGCACGAGUGCCUGAAAGACCUUUGCCUUUUCUCAUCAGUUAACCUCUUUGAAGGAGACAAUGUGACUGUGCAGUGUUGAGGACAGCUACCAGAACGGAGCUUCUGUACUAUGUACAAACAGUGUUUGUACUUACACCUCAAGCCAAGUGUACUGUCUGUACAGAUGUUAUUUCACUCAUUCUGUUUUGUUUGUCCCUUGCACAUUUUUGUUUCCACUCUGUUCAGACCAGUGAUAGCUUCAGUUCUCUAAAAACACCAAGAUGAAAAUACUUCAGUCAGCACCUCAAGUGUUGAUGCAGACUGUUAUUAAGAUUGCAUCGUACAUCUAUCUGUUGUCUCUUAAAAUGCUCGACAGUGCAUCUUAGUAAAUGCUGCCUUCUCACCUUCCAUCUUUAUUACUGUUACACAUUAAAAACUGCAAUCUUGAAAACAUCGUUGCUGCCAUAACAAUCAUAGGUCCAAGUCUGCAUGUAUUGCAACCCAUCAGGUACAGAAAAUUGUGGGGGAAAAGAGAGUGAGAUGCAGUUUGUUCACAGCCAGUAUGUUAUGGUGGUUGGAUGAAGAUGUGUUUUGGGGUAACAGAUAAUGAAGAAUCAUAUUCAGCUGUACAGCGGCUAAGUGAUCUGACUUUAAGAUGUACAAAACAUUGCUCUUCAGUGGUUCAAGUGCCUGCCGAUGGUUGCCUCCUGACCCUUGUAAUGAGUGAUUGAUAAGUAAAUCUUGGCUGCCUGACAUAUUUGGUAUGUCAACGAUGAGAUAAAUAAUUCACUGACCAGAGGAGAAGGCAGUGGAUUCUGUAGCCCCAUGAGGUUUGAAGUUGUGCUUUCCAGCUCUCCCAAGGGCUCAAGAGGCUGAGCACACUAACACACAGUAGCCUUGCAUUGGAGUCUGAAGCAUUAAAAUGACCAAAAUCUGUUUUUCUAAAAUAUCUCAGUAGAUUGUUUUAUGCUUUUUUGUUUUUUACUUCAAAUCAUUUUGAUCUUCUCUAAAAUGGGAUUGUUACUGAAACACUAGUAUAUGCAAAUGUAAAAAAAAUGAAAAUCCUUUGAGAGAAAUGAAAUUUUGCAUUAUUCCCAUUUUGAUUUGAUUUACACAUCGAGAUUCUUUAUCUACAACAUUAAACAGUUGAUUGAAA